ACCUUUUUCACAGCGGAAUUGAACACCGGAAGCGCCCUUCGAAGCCGUGUAUAGUUUUUUCCGGUUUUGCUAGCAGCCGCAGAAACAUGGCAACUUCAGGGCAUCGAAUGACAUCCUCACUGUCAACUUUGCCAAAAUUUGGACAAGACGACGUUGUUCGCUUGGUGAAGGACCACAGUAAGGUGAAAGGCUCAAAGCUGGACAAGGGAUACAAGUUGUUCUUCGAACAGUUUGUUUUUAACUACAAGGGUUGUACUGCAAGCAGUAAGUAGGCCUGUUGCAUUAAAUGGAUGUAGCUGUUCCUGUGCAGCUGGAAAGGCCUUGUGCAAUCAUGUGGUGGCACUGCUUUUCCAAACUGCACACUACAGUACCAUGGGAGUGAAGACAGUACCAACCGCACUAUCAUGCACCAGUGCUCUUCAAACAUGGCACAGGCCAAGGACAAAGGGAAUUAGACCUGAACCCAUGGAUGAAGUUGUGGUGCGGAAGCCAAAAGCAGCAGGACGAAGUUGUGUUAAGUCUACACUCUAUCAGGCAUACCCAGGACCUUUUCCUGACCCAGCACUGCUCUCCGUUGGUGAUAAAUUGAGAGACCUUAGACCACAGCUUGGUAUUUGCUCAAUCUUGUGUGGCCUCUCAAGCAUGGAAUUAGUGGAAUCAAAAUUUGGUCAAGUCCCAAAGGGCUCGGUUCUCUCUUAUCAAUGCCCCACUGCAGUAUCACAUGAAAUUUGCAAGCAUCCUGAAGCCCCUUCAUUCCCAAAACUGCCAUUACAUGGCUAUAGAUUAGACAGGCACAUGAAUUACGUUCCCAGUUUUGAGGAGUAUUACCAUAUUGAGAGUUUGAUGGUUACUAGUGAACUAUCAUGCAUUAUUGAGAAAAACACAAGAGAGCAAUCAGAGAAUCCACUUUGGAAAGAACUGCGACAGCCACGCUUAACUUCCAGCAGAUUUGGUGAAGUGUACAGUGCAAGAGGGGAUUCAUCAUCUGAGGCACUUGCAGUCAGGAUGCUGAGAGGUGUACGGCAAACAUCCGAUAUGAAAAGAGGCAUUGAACUUGAGCCAGAAGUCCUACAGCUGUACAGUGACUUUUGUGGUGUAAAUGUGUCACCUUCUGGAUUUGUCAUUCACCCUGAUGCACCAUACCUGGGUACUAGUCCUGACGCUAAAGUUUAUGAUCCAUCUGAAAAACCACCCUUUGGGUUGGCUGAGCAUGCACCUCUUUUGAAUGGAGGGAUGAUGAGGCUUGCACCAACAUCUGACAGCAUCUGA